CUCUUUCUUUGUUAAGGAAACAUAUGAGCUCAUAACUGGGCUUUGUAACCCACUUCCUGAAAAAUAAAAAAGACUUCUCUGUCAGAGAACCCCAAACACUACUCCACUUAACAGACGAGCUUGGAGCAGGCAGUAUGGCUACCUGUAAGAACAGCGAAAAUCUUCUGCAACUUAAGGAAGUCCUUCGGAGAUUUCCACUUGUGCCAGUCCAUGGGAUCCCCUUAAUGGAACCCAUUGCUCAACAGUGGGCUCGUAUUGAAAAUUUUGAAGCAAGACCAGAUGACUUGAUUAUCUCUACCUACCCCAAAGGAGGUACCACAUGGAUGCAGGAGAUUGUUGAUCUUAUUCUUGUUGGUGGCGACACAGAAAAAGCUCGGCGGGCCCCAACACAAGUCCGAAUCCCAUUUUUAGAAAUCUGUGUUCCACCACCUUUGCCUUCAGGGGUUGAUAAACUAGUGAAUGCACCAUCUCCUCGUGUGAUGAAAACUCACUUACCAUUCCAACUUCUUCCUAAAAGCUUUUUGGAAAAGAAUUGCAAGAUUAUCUACGUCGCUCGCAAUGCCAAAGACAACUUGGUCUCCUAUUUCUUCUUUGACCAGAUGCAUUUGAUGCAGCCAGACCCAGGGCCAUGGGAUGGCUAUGUUAAAAAAUUCAUGUCAGGCACAGUUCCAUGGGGAUCUUGGUAUGACCACGUUCGGCGCUACUGGGAUGAAAGAGAAAACCACCGUAUUCUCUAUCUCUUCUAUGAGGACAUGAAAGAGGACCUGGCCCGUGAGAUCAGGCGUGUAAAGGAUUUCCUGGAGGUUGACUUGCCUGAGGACAUUAUUCAGAAAAUUGCUCAUCACACCUCCUUCCAGGUCAUGAAGGACAAUCCAAUGGCAAAUUAUGACAGUGUUCCCAGCAUCAUCUUUGACAGGACAAAAAGUUCCUUUAUGAGGAAAGGUGAAGUUGGCGACUGGAAAAAUUAUUUUACAGUAGCUCAAAAAGAAGCCUUUGAUGCCGAUUACCUGCUCAAGAUGGAAGGAACAACCUUGCAUUUCAGAGAUGUAUUAUAGUAUGAACUCAAAAAAUAACCUCUUUGGACUUUUUCUGUGAAGGACCCAAAUGUUUCCCCUUGCUUUGUGGCUUUAUUACAAUAAAUAUGGGUGUUUUUGAAAACA